GUUGGUGUAACUGCCGCGUGCACUAUUCGAAAACCGACAUUCGUUUUGUGCACCAGCGGUGUGGCCGUGGAACAGUGGCGUGCUCAAUUCAAACUGUGGUCCACGGCAGAGGAUGCGCAAAUUCUACGCUUCACUAGUGAUGCGAAAGAUCGACCAUCCGCCAGUGCAUGCAUAUGCAUCAGUACGUACACCAUGAUUGCACAUUCCACAAAACGUUCGUACGAGGCAGAUCGAAUGAUGGAUUGGAUCAAGGGUCAGGAAUGGGGAUUGAUGUUACUCGAUGAGCGUGGUGAAAUUUACCACAAGGACGGCAAAGCUGUCCGUGGGGACAACAAGUCGUACCAUAGCCAUUUCCGCGGAUAUCCUUCAAGCAUUCCACCUUCGAUGAACUCCGAUCUUUUUUGA